AUGAAAACAUAACUGAAUUAAUAGGGGUCUGCAGAAAAGAUUAAAGGUUUAGUGGUUAUUAGCAUUGCUUUUGCUAAAUAAAUUUUAACAAGCUUAGAUGUGCUAGAUAUGAAUAAUAAUCCUACAAGGAUAUCUUUUUAUUAUUGUAGCAUCACCAUUUCUGAUAAUUAUGAAUGCUUAUAUGAUAAAAAUUUCUAAUUAUAAUUAGAGGAGACUUUAAAGUCUUUUUGUAAGAGAGUAAAUAGCAUGUUUCUUUGCUUAGAAACAACAGACAAUUAUGUCUUAAAGAGAAACUAAUUUAGUAUCGAAUCAUCUGUCUUUGAUGAUAAGUGUAGCAUGUUUUCUGAGGAUGGAAAGAUAUGUGAGAGUCCAAAAUCUGGGUACACUUUUGUUAUUCCUGAUAACACUUAUAUUUUGAUGGAUAAAACAAUGUGCGCUAUUUAUAAUUCUACCAAUAAGACUUGCGAGAAAUAUUACUAUCGCUUCUUGCCAGUAGAAGACUACAGCUACUCAGUAUUUUUCAAAGACUUUCAAAAUUUUGAGAAAAUUUAGAAAGGCUCUACUUCUAAAAAUAUUAAAUGUUAAACGGGAUAUAAGUUAUUAAAAACUCAAGAUAAAAUUGGUUGCGUCAAUGAUGACUUUUUUGAUCCUUUCUGUUCUAAAGCUGACGAAUUUAAUAGAUGCUAGGAGUGCAUAGCUAAUUAUGCGAUAAAUGCUCAUACUGGCGAAUGUCAAUACAGCACUGUAGAUAAUUGCUUAAUUUAGGUUAUUGAAAAUCCAUCAGACAACUUUUCUUAAUGCCUACUUUGCUAAAAGGGCUAUAAAAUUGUUAAGGAAGAAAAAAAUAACUAUGUAUGUAAAAAAUGGCUAAAUUGCUAAACUAUUAAUAAAUAUCCUCCUUAUGAAUGCUUGGCUUGUUUUAUCAGAAAAGAUAUUCCGGAAUAUGCAAACGAUUGCAGGAUAAACGAAAAGAAAAAUAUUGAUAUAUAUAAUUAAUAUGGUGGAGGCUUGAAGUGUAAAGAUAAUGAAAACUUUUUCUUAAAAUAUGAUUGCGUUGAAAGAAAGUUCUCAAAAAAUUGCCCGAAUAAAUCAUAACACCCCUUAGGAGAUUUCUGCACUUCAUUAGGUUCUGAUAGAUAAUUUUGGCUUUAGGAGGAUGUAGAUCGUCCUAUUCCAAAAUCUAUCGCUCAUCUUGAGCCUCUGAAGAUAUCCAGUACUUCUGAUUACAUAAAUAUUAUAGGUAUAGUUCAAAAGAAUUCAAUGUUUUUUAAAAGUUAUGGAAGUAGAAUGUAUACUAAUACGCAAUACUAUUAGUAAUUUGAAAUGACCUAUGACUUUUAAUUAUUUAAUCCCUAGUAGAUCACUUAAAUUUAAGGAUGUUUAGAAUACUCCCUUUUUUCUGAUUUGUGUGUUAGAUGCGAAUAAGGUAUUGUUCUCGUAAACUCUAGUAAAACACCUUAGUCGUAAUGUUCUCAGGAUACCUAACAGAUACCAGAAGGAUGCUUAGUUUUUGAUACUCAGAAAAAACAAUGCUUAAAGUGCUCAGAUUAAAAGCCUUAUUGCUAAUCUCCUAAGAUAGAUAAUUGUAGAAAAUAAUUCUAUGAAAAGUGUCUUAUCUGCGAAGAUGGCUAUACCCUUACAAAGUAAUUUAAGUGUGUAAUAUAAUAACCAGAUUUUUACUAUACCAACUUUGCCUUAUUUGAUGGUGAGGAUUAUUGCUUUCAAGGAUUUUACUUUUAAACAGCUAUUAAAAGCUAAAACGGAGAAUAUUCUUGCCAAAACACAAAAGAAAAUUGUAUAAAUUUUUCUAGCAGCGGUAAAUGUAAUUAAUGCUAAUUUGGCUAUAGCUUGAACCAAGAUACAUAUAAAUGCUAAACAUCUGCUAAACUAUAAAACUGCUUAUACUCUAAAGGAAUAGAUACGUGCACAUAUUGUUAAAAUUCUUAUCAACUCCUCAACGAUGGUACUUGCAAGUUUAUUUCUCCGAUAGCAAAAUGCUAAGAUAAUAAUUUAAAUUGCUAAUGUGGAAUAAAUACCAAUUUUUGUAUUUUAUGUGAUGACGGCUUUAAAUAAGCUACUUCUUCCUUUUAUAGGUGUGAUAAAGUUUGUAAAAAUGGAUAGAUCGGAAACGCGUUACCUACUUGCUCUUAACAAAUUAAAUGCUAGAAUGGUUGUUAAACAUGUGCUUUCAAUAAUACUAGUUUUUGCUAUUCAUGCUAAAAUGGAGUAUAGCCAAUUGAUGGAAGCUGCGAUUCAAAGCCAAAGCAAUGCAAACCUAACGAAUUUCUUACUUAAACAAAAAGGUAGGUUUGCAUAAAGUGUCCUGAUUAAUGCUCCUCGUGCUCAUCUCUUACAAAAUGCAUAACAUGUGUAGAUCCUUCAAAAUCUGUUAACUUAUUAUGUAAUUGUAAAUUAAACUAAUUCUACCAUGAAAAUACCUGUAUCGAUAAAUGUCCAUAUGGAUGGAAAAAGUCUGAAACAGAAGAAGGUAAAUGCAUAAAAGCUUGCCCUGAUGGCCAAUAUGCUAUAUAAGAUAAAGAAAACAACUUUCUGAAGUGCUCUGAUAUAAAUUCUGAUUCUAAUCUCUAGCUUUAUUGUUCAUCUUUGAUAGGAGCAUUGCCAGAUUUAUUAACAACAAGCAUCUCAAAUAAUACAAAUGAUUAUAUUGACAUAAAAAUUACUUUCAGCCAAAGUGAAAUCAAAAAGUGCUUCACAUUCAAAGUAGUAAGCGCAAGUAAUGUGGAAUAAUAGCUUUAAGAUUAGUAAACUAAUAUCAACAACAAGCUAGAAAUGAUUGCUCACAUUUCUAAAAAGGAUAUCUCUUAGAGUAUAAGUGAAGAUUAAAACAAAAAUAAAUUCAUUUUUGUUUUAUUUUAGAUAUUCCAAAAAGAUGUGCAAAAACAAGAAGUAAAGAUUAAAUUAACCACAGAUUUUGCCUUAAUCCCUUUUGAAAUCUAAAAAAAUUUUGAAGAAGUUCAAAAAAUAUGCCAAAAUUGUGAAAUUCCAAAUUCAGUUUAGGUUUAAUCCACUUUAUAAGUAAGCUGCAAGACUAGCAAAAACUGCUCUUCAAACACUGUAUCAGCUUAAACGGAAGAAGAUAUAGAAAUAGUAUAGACCACUGGUGAAUCUAGCUACCAAAGUAGUAGAAUAGAACCUCACGAGUUUAGAAUUACUACUCGUAAUUCUACUGAUGGAAGCAUUAAAGUAAUUUUAGAUCAUCCUUUCUCAAUAGAUUAAUCCUAGCCAGGUAAAAUUUUGUAUAAAUUUAAAGCACCUAAGUAGGCAAAUAACUCAACCAUAAGAAUAACUUCCAAAGUUUUAUAGUCUGGAAAAAAGAGAUUAUUAGAGAGUGAUUAAGUUCUUUAUCCAAGCAAGUAUAAAUAUUUAGUUCAGAGCUUUUAAAUCUAAAUAUAAGAAAAAUCAACUCCAUCAACUGAUCCAACAACUUAAACAUCAACAUCAAGUGAAAACUAAAGUACAGAAAGUUCUCAAGAUAAUUCUACAAAUACUCAAUUAAUAAUCAUUAUAGUAUUCUCAAUAGUAGGUGGUCUAGUAAUUAUAGGAAUAGUAGCUAUAAUAUAUUUAAGAAAAAAAAAUAGAGCAAGUAAGUUCCGCGAUUUUGAAAUUGAAAGUAAAAAAAGCGAUAAAAAUGGCAGUUAAUAAGUUUAAAGCAAUGGAGAAUUAAAAGGUUCAUAAGAAUUAUAUGGAAUUGAAUACAUUUGA